GACACAGCUUCAGAGAGAGAGAGCAGCGACUGAGCUGUCCUCAGCAUCUGGAGGCCUGGAGUUGUUGAAAAAUGAAAAGAAAAGGGAAUAUCACUUAUUUUUUUAACACAAAAAGUCAGAGAACUGAAAAUGAGGACAAGAGAGAGGGAAAUGAAAAAGGAGAGGAGAGUACAGUGGAGAGGCCAGGAGGGUCGGAACAUGAGAAGGCCACAGAAGGAGAUGAAGAUAUGGAUCGAGAGGAAGUGGAUGUGAGAAAUGAAGAAGAGGGUUCAGACUCAGAAAGAGGGACAGAGGCAGGAAGUGAGAAGGAGGCUGAGGCAGAUGGCAGGAAGGCAGUUACCACUCUAGCUGGACCACAUGAUAUAUCAAAAUGCAAAGGUGAUGCAGCUGUGCAGCCCAAUCUUAAGACAUUUCCCAAAACACUACAUGGAGCAGCAAAGCGAAGCUUUCACAAGGAGUGGUACAGUUCUUGGCCAUGGCUUGAGUAUUCCCUCUCUCAAGAUGCAGCAUACUGUUUUGCAUGCAGACAUUUUGUUUCUGCAAAAGCAAGUGUUUUCACAGCAGAACAUGGCUAUUCAAACUGGAAGAAGGCCACUUCCAAAGAUAGUGGGUUCAGUGUACAUGCCAGAUCAGACACACAUGUAAAUGCCAUGAUUGCAUGGACAGAAUACAAAAGCAUGGCCGGGAGAAAUACAACUAUUCUUGGAAUGAUGGGAGAUGAAAAUCAAAAACAAGUAACCGAAAAUCAAAAAUACAUAAAAACUUUGGCCGAUAUUUUACUUUUGACAGCUACUCAAAACAUUUCCCAACGUGGCCAUGAUGAGUCUGAAACUUCCAAAAACAAGGGAAAUUUCCUUGAGAUUUUAGAUGUUGUAAGUAAACACGAUCCCUUAGUUAAAAGACGAUUGUCACAGGGUCCCAGGAAUGCAAAGUACACCAGCAAAGGCACUCAAAACGAAAUGUUAGAAUGCUUAGCUGAAAUUGUAAGAGAGGAUAUUAUAAAAGAGGUUAAAGAAAGUGAACACUUUUUUAUUUUAGCAGAUGAGACUAAAGAUAUGAAAAAAAUUGAGCAGCUGUCUCUGGUCGUACGCUAUUAUUAUAAUGGUGUGGUUCAGGAGAGCUUCCUUGAGUACCAACAAGCAGAGCACUUGGAUGCAGCCAGUUUGACAAAGAAAAUAAUUUCCUGUCUUGAGAAGUAUGGGCUGGAAUACAAAAAGAACCUGGUGGGCCAAGGCUAUGAUGGGGCUGCAGUCAUGAGUGGCAGGUGCUCUGGUGUGCAAACAAGGGUUAAGGAAGCGGCCAAAUAUGCAUUUUAUGUUCACUGCAACGCACAUUGUUUGAAUCUUGUCAUUGUUGACUGUGUGAAGAGUGUCCCAGAAGCUGCAUGUUUUUUCAUGUUGCUGGAAAGACUGUAUACAUUCAUGUCAGGCUCAUAUGUUCACAAUAAUUGGAUGGAUGUCCAGAAAGAAAUGUUCACUGGGGCCCCACGGGAACUACCAAGACUUAGUGACACUAGAUGGGCCUGUCGCUAUGCUGCAUGUAGAAACCUCAUGGACAGGCUGACUGCAGUCAUAAGAGUGCUGGAUGACAUUUCAGAUGAGGCCAAUCCACAGAGAGCUGUAGACUGUAGGGCUACGUUCUCAAAUUGACCUUAAUUUCAUAGGUCUCCUAGCUGUCUUCAGAAAAGUGCUAGGUGAAGCAAAGUUUUUAUCUGAGAUGCUCCAGUCACCUAAUGUUGACCUUACCAAAGCAGCUGACCUUACUGAAACCCUCAGACAGACCUUUGAAGAAUAUCGCAAAGAAGAGAGCUUUAAUGAGCUGUGGAAUACAGUCAUUAAAACAUGCAAUGACUGCAACAUUUCUAUCAUUGCCAAAUCAAAAAGAACCAGACACACAUCUAGCAGACUACAUGAUAGUCUUGUAACAUCUACAGUGGGACAGAGAACACAUAUUGACAGCAAUUAUUCCUUCAGAAUAGGUAUAUUCACUCCCGUCGUUGACUCAAUGAUCAGAGAGAUGGACAGGCGCUUUUCAAAGUUUAGCAGCAACAUAAUGAGGGGUAUACAAGCUUUAAACCCAUCAAGCAAUGGUUUCUUAAAGGAAGAAUUUGUUUUGUUGGUGGCUGAGGCAUAUGGCUCUGACUGGCAAGACUUGAAAACUGAGAUACACCAGGCUUCUGGAAAGAAACAGAACAAAUGGCAAAGUAAACCCGUCCAUUCUGACUGAGUUUGUGAAGUUCUUGGAACCUUUUCGAGAGGUUUUCUUCGAACUUUUUCGCUUAUGUAAGAUUGCUAUUGUUUUGCCAGUGAGUACUGCAGGGUGUGAGCGAAGCUUUUCAACUUUGAAGCUUGUAAAAAAUCACCUGCGCACAACCAUGGCAGAGGACCGACUGAGGAAUCUAGCGAUUCUCAGCAUUGAGAAAGAGCGUGCAAAAGCAAUAGACAUGGAUAUUUUUGUCAAACGUUUUGCUGCACAGCACAACAAUCGGCGCCUCAAGCUAUCUUAAAAUAGAUAGGUGAUGUCUUUACAUCCAAGGA